AAACCAGCGACAUCUAUUUUCUUUAGAACGAGUUAAUUUAUUGUUCGUUUACUUCGCCAUCUGUUGGAUUCCAAGACAACUAAUUCGAAUUCUUUUCUUCAUUUUUACUGUUAUAUUUUUGUUCGGUGAUGAGUUUCAUCUUCACCUCUUUUCCCUGAUCAUCUUUAUCUUUUUUUCAUUAUUCUCAAUGUUCACAAUUUAAUUUCCAUCUCUUUCUCCCAGUCUUUCUUUCUCUUCCUCUCUUUCUCUCUUGUGCUUCUCUGAUUUAUUUUUUAUUCUUUUCUCGCAUUUUUCUCUCUCCCAAUGUGUUUAUAUGGAUACACUUACCAGCGAUCUGUUUAUUUGGGUUCCAUUAAACCCUUCGCCAUCUUCAUCUUUAUUAACCUCAUCAUCUUCUUCCAUCAUUAUUAUCCAAAUGAUCUUCAAAAAAAAGCUCAAGGCUUAUCUCUUUUAAUCUGUUAAUUUCUUAAUCACUUUCAUCUUCAUCCAAUUCUAUCAAUUGUUUUUUUCCUCUUCUUCUCUUUUACAAUUGUUUUCACUUCUCCUUUUUCUUACCAAUUCAUAACCUCAUCAUUUCCAGUGCCUAUUAUUUAGUUUGUAUAUUUUUUGGGUUAAUUGUGUGUUUGUGGUAAUUACUUAUUGCCAUGGAUUUAAGUGAAUCUUCAUCUUCUGGUCCUUAUGCCAGUGGAACCUUAUCACCUGAUCCUCAGACUAUUGAAUAUCCUUCUAGGAUUUUACUUCAUCCCUCAUCACCGAUCUCAUCAUUACCAUCACACCCUCUCAUGUCACCUUGUUUAUCGAGUGACUGUUCAAAUUGUACUUCGAGUGCCGAUGAUUCCGGUGAAUCGGCUUGUUUUGUACGCUACAAUAUAUCAUUACGUUCAUUUACCCUUGGAAUUCAUAGUUUUUGUGCUACAAUGACUGUUGUUUUAGCGAUAGUUAUUUUCCGUCUUCGAAGAUCAAAGACAAUUGCCUCUUCAAGAUGGAUUCUAUUGGAAACAACUCUUCUUGGGGCCUUCUUACUUUAUAUUACAGUUAUCAUUCGUUACUAUGAACCAACUCAAAUAACAUGUUUCAUUGAACCCUGGUUUCGUGAGGUGGGUUUCGGUCUGUGCUAUGGGAGUAUAACUAUUAAACUUUACCGGAUUUACGCUGAAUUUCAGACUCGAAAAGCUCAUAGAGUUUGUGUGCGCGAUAAAGAUUUGUUAAAAUAUCUUAUCGGUAUUGUGAUGAUAGUGAUUGGCUACAUGGCUGCUUGGUCGUCACUUGUGAUUGACUCAAUGAAUGGACUUCCCUCCAUGUCAAUUGGACCUCGGGUGGGGUCACUUAUUUUACAAGAAGGACAAACUCCUGAUGGAUUAAGAUAUUUUAUUUGUAAAGAGCUCAGUUGGGAUUAUGUUACAGAAGCAGGGGAAUUUUCAUUUCUAUUAACUGGUGUCUAUAUUACUUAUUGCAUUCGAAAUGCAAAGCCAGAAGUUUAUGGUGAAAAGUGUUCACUGUGUUGCUCUAUUUACAUAGAAAUAAUUGUUUCAACGAUAACUCACAUUCUCAGGCAUAUUGCAUGGGGAAAAAUUCAUCCAGAUUAUCUUUUGCUUCUUCAUGCAAUUAGAUGUCAACUUACAGUAACCUUAAUACUUGCCAUUCUUCUUGGACCAAAGAUAUGGUUCCAUAACCGUCCUUUGGCCAGCUAUCGAAAUCGAUCUCGUUAUUUUUCUACCGCCGAGGGACGUGAUAGAGUCUCUAAAGUAAUGAAACUUCAUGCAGCAAUACUGAGUAAUGGUGAGGUUGAUAUCGGUGAUAUUAAUUUGGCUGACAUGGACCCAGAAGAUAUCAGGUCUGAACUUCGCCGAGUUUAUACCCAAUUACAGAUUCUACGCAAUAAAACCAUGCGAAAAGAUAAUCCGCACAUAUCGAAACGACGAGGAGGUCGUAAAGGUACUCAUAGACGAUUCUCAUUGCAACCAUUUCACCAUAAGCACAAACAUCAUGAACAUGAACACGAAACGACUGAAGUAUCAAGAACUCCUGAAGAAUCAACCGCUUCCGCUGAGGCUCCGAGUUGUAAUCAACCUGAAGGUCCAUUUGUGAUUAAAAUUGAGCCGGAAGCUCACACAGUCUCCUAGCUGAAUAUCAACAUUUCAUAUUAUUGAUAAAUUAGGUUUCACCUUUUUAAUAAGCUGAUUAUUAUCAUCAAAAUGAUCAUAACCUUCCGAUUAUCCUUAAUCUAAAUGAUAAUCUUAGAAAUGAGAACAAAAAAAUAACAUAUAACAUUUGAUGAGUUUAGAAUCAAUUAAUUGAGAAUUAAGAAAACUAUAAAUCAAACUAAUAAUUUACCUGAACAAUUAAAAUAAUAACAGGAUAUUUGCUCGAGCUCAUCUGGUUCAUAUCCUGAUUUGGUUGUUAUUUUGGUAAUCAGAUUAAUCAAUCAUUUGGAUGACAUGGGCAACAUGAUUUUCAUGUAACAUGCUCAUUGCAAUUGAACUUUAACAACUUUGUUGAUCAGCUGAUUAGUUUGGGAGAGAAACAAAUUAAAUCAUUUAGAUUAGAUUGAUUGUUAUUUUUGUAUCUGUUGGUGUUACCAAUGGCACUCGUUGGUCUUUAAAUCAUCGAGUUGAUUGUAAAACCAGUUGACCAUUAUAAUUAUGAUUUCCGAUAAUCUUUUCUACAACAAACUUGUUACCCUGAAAAGUGCCAAGGUCCAAGUUGUCACUAAAGAGUCAGAUUCAGAUUAAUCUCCAUUGGUAUUGCCGAAUGUCCAAAAUCUGACCUUAAUCCAGCACCAAAUUAACGAUUAACAAUAACUGAACAGUUACCUUGUUGGUCCAAAGCGAGUAUGCCACAAAUGACCAGAACGUGAAUCGACAAGUCAUAAUCACUUUUUUUGUCUCAAUUGAAGAUCAUUGUAUUGGUCAAGCAAAUAAAUAAUUGAAUCCAUUUCCUAAA